AUGGUCAACUCUUGUUGUGGCUCCGUCUGCUCUGACCAGGGCUGUGGCCAAGGCUGCUGCCAGGAGACCUGCUGCCGCCCCAGAUGCUGUGGCUCCAGCUGCUGCCGCCCCAGCUGCUGCNNCCCCUCCUGUUGCAUCUCCAGCUGCUGCCGCCCCUCCUGCUGUGGCUCCAGCUGCUGUGGCUCCAGCUGCUGCCGGCCCUGCUGCUGCCCCUGCUGCUGCCUCCGCCCAAAAGAGAUGAGUAGGCAGGAUAAACAAGAACAAGAAGGGGCCUGCACAUGGUCACCGCAGCCCUCAGCAGGGUAUAAAAGCAACAGAGGGAGAGGAGAGAUCUCACUCAAGAACCUCACUCUCCUGGAAACUCACCCAGAACCUCCACCCUCCAACACCAUGUCCUGUUGUGGCUCCGUCUGCUCUGACCAGGGCUGUGGCCGAGGCUGCUGCCAGACCACCUGCUGCCGUCCCAGCUGCUGUNNNUCCAGCUGCUGCCGGCCCAGCUGCUGCCCCUGCUGCUGCCUCCGCCCAGUCUGUGGCCAGGUCUCCUGCCCCACCAAUUGCUAUCGCCCCACCUGUGUCAUCUCCACCUGCCCCCGCCCCAUGUGCUGUGCCAUCCCUGACUGCUGCUGAAUCUCCGCUUUGAACACACCACUUC